AUGAUUUUGAAUCAUUUAUUUGUUCUGUUUUUGAUGCUCCUUUUGACAAAGGUUUCUUUGCCUCGGAUUGUAUUUGUUCCCAAACGUCUGGAUUUAGAUUGGCCCCAAAACUGUGGUGUUGCAUACUUCCAACCAAACAUAUUUGCAAAGGUUAUUGCAGGCAAUGAAGCAAGGCCUCAUUCUUGGCCCUGGCAAGUUUCUUUACAGGUGCGCUCCACACCAAGUGACAAAUUUGUUCAUGUCUGCGGGGGCACCCUCAUUCACAAACACUGGGUUCUCACUGCGGCCCACUGCUUCCAGAAGGGACAGUCAGAAGAUGUCACCAACUGGCGAAUUCUUCUGGGCAAGCAUAAUCUUCACCACCCUGAAUCCACAGAGAGAAGCUACCGGGUGAAGCGAAUUUAUCGGCACGAACGUUUCCACUACCCUCAACUAAAUGAGCUGGAGUACGACAUUGCUUUGGUCAAGCCGGUGGGAGACAUGACGGCCAACAGGUUCAUCCAUUAUGCCUGCCUGCCAAAGAGAGAGAGCUUUCUACGUCCAGGACACUCAUGCUGGGUGACCGGCUGGGGGGUCACAAGAGGUGGGAAAGAAAACUUCGCCCUGUCUGAGGUUUUGAACCAGGUCCAGUUACCAGUCAUAGAUUUCCACACAUGCCAUCUGAAGAAAUUCUGGGGAGGCAAAGUCCAAUCAUCGAUGCUCUGUGCUGGAUUGAAAGACACUGCAGGAUCUCCUGCUGCCUGCCAGGGAGACUCAGGUGGCCCACUUCUUUGCCAGAUUGGGAGAGAUACAUGGGAAGUCCAUGGAGUUGUUAGCUUUGGACCAGUUGGAUGCCAGGUGCAGAACAAACCUACGGUCUUUACUAGGACAUCUGCAUACAUGCCAUGGAUUGAAGCUAUCAGGAUGCAGGACCUUUUUUUUGUAAAGACAAGGAGAGCUCAGAAAUAUCAAUAA